CCCAAACCCUAUCUGUCUCCCUAGUCGAGCACAUGGUGCAACAGAGCAAGCAGCGAGAGAACGGUGCUGAGACACGAAGUGUUUUGGGAGACGAUUUUAGUUUUUGAAGAUGGCGGUGCCAUUCAUGCUGGGGAUUGUUAUCAGUCUGAUGCACUUGAAGAGGAUUAACGUGAUUCGAGAGGGAAAAACGAACGUUGCAUAACGGAUACAGUACACACUCGGCACCCACAACCACACUCAUAUACAGAGUACACACACAUCCCAAACCACACGCAGAUAUAGAGUACACAGUCAGCACUCACAACCUCACACACAUCCAGACAUCAGCAUUCCAGAUACACGAGUGCGCAGUGCUGCGCGGUGCCAAAAUCGAGCGCUUUUGUGCUCUAAUCGACCGAUAACGAGGCACUCAGUGGGACCGCACCGCCUGUGACGCACAGACGAAAUCCGAUAUCUGAUGCCACGAUGAGUUGAACAUCGCCCCCCCAGUCGCCAAAUUCUCCCUGCGCCGCAUUGCCCACUCGGCGAAUGUGGUACAACAACAACAGCCUCGUUCACGCACCGACGCACGCACACACCACACACACACACGUGCCAGGGACAGCAAAGCGACUUAACGGCAUGAUCCGAAGUCGUCUUGACAUGGCUGCGAGGUCGUCUGAACAUUUCAACGCGACGCCAAUCGUAAAUGGCCUUCUUAAUUCCAAGCAGCACACACAUGCCUUUUCGAGUAAUCCGCUGCAAAUCUGCUGCAAGCAAGCGUGAUCCGAUUUCGCGGUGAUAUUGGCCAAGCAGCAGACUUGGAAGGCACAGGCGGUCUCCUGCGAGGCUGGGUAACGGCUCUGGAAGCAGCUGCCACCUCCGUAAACUAGUCGCGUGGCUCGCCUCCACCUGGUUUAAACCCAAGUCGGCCAACGCAGCCCCCCCGCCCCAGCCCUUUAACUCCCACCGCAUCGACUCGCAGGGGAAUAAAUCCGACCAAGCAGGCAACAAUCCGUCCCUCGGGGGAACGCGAAAAUCGCCUUAAUGUCACCGGAGCGCACAUCUCGGCAGCGCACUGUCUGACCUACGCACAGGUGUGUGCCUCGCACUCCUCCUCCAAGCCACGUUGACCCUUUGCGCGCCGAGCGCCGACCGAUCGCCUUGCCAAGUUCGCACUGGCGGACACAAUCGUGGGUCACCCCGUGGCGGUCCCCACCGGACAGCCGCUUGUGGAGGGAGGAGGAGGACAGCGGCUACCGACACUAAAACAAGCUCUGGGCGAGUGAGGGGACGGGGCCCGGAGCUGUCGUGAUGCUGUCACCCUGCAUGCCCGGUCGAGCAGAGCCAUCGCGACGCGCAUGGGCCGCCGAGCACCCAUCGAGGACCGAGCGAUGACCGCCAGAGCGGCGAUGGAGAAAUCGGACGCGGAGCUGAGCCGCGAGGGCGCGGGGAGCGGCGCUGGCGACGUUAAAGACGCCGGCGGUGGCACUGGCAGUGGGGAUAAUGAGGAGGAGGAGGAGGACGAGGAGGACGACGAUGAGGACGAGCGGUGGAGUUCGGACGAGUCGGAGUUUUCCGACAGCAUGAGCGUGCUCUCUGAUGACUCUGUCCUGCCGCCCAUGUCGGAUAUCGAUGAAGGGGGUUGCGGCGACGAAGAGGACGACACUCCCUGCGCUGGGACUGUCUCGCUCUUCCAGGCGUGCGCAAAGAACAACGGCCCCAUGGUGCGUUUCCAUCUGCGAAGAAGCCCCACCCUGGAGGAAGUCACAGAGAUGGACAACAACGGACGGACGGGUCUCAUGGUGGCCUGUUACUUCGGGUUCGUGGAUGUGGUCGUGGCACUAGCCGGUUGCCCCUACCUGGAUGUCAAUCAUAAGGACAAGGAGGGAAACACUGCGUUACUCCUCGCAGCUCAAGCUGGGCACAUCACCAUCAUAAACUACUUGCUUAACUACUACCCGGGAGUGGACGUGGAGGUGAGGAACGUGCACGGCUUCACGGCCCUCAUGAAGGCUGCCAUGCAGGGCCGCAGCGACUGCGUCACUGCCCUCAUGCUCUCAGGGGCCGACAUCACGGCCACCGACCCCAACCGAGGGCUCACGCCGCCCGAGUGGGCCCUGCACACGGGCCGCUGGGAGACAGCCUCUGCCAUCCGCCGCCUGCUGAGCCGACCCGUACCUGAGCAGAUGCGCGCCUCCUUCUGCCCGGAGUGGACCUCGCUGGCGGCUCUCGUAGCCCGCGCAGUGGCUCCCCGCACCUGCAUGCAGAAGCUGUCCGAGUGCCUGCGCGACACGCUCACCAUCAACUUCCCCAGGGACCCCGAUGCCGGCGGUGUGCUCGACCACAUGGUGCGCGUCUCCACGAGCCUGGCCAGCCCGUUCGUGAGCACGGCGUGCAGCACGCUGUGCCCGGACAGCCCUCCCGCCGUGGGCAAGCGCGGCGUCUCCGUGCCCGAGCUGGCCACGAUGCUCGACAUGGCAAGCGACAGCUGCAACGGGGGAGCGUCAGCGCGCAAGAUCGACCACCGCGCUCCGCCAAGAAGGACGGACGUCCUGGUGAUCGCCGGCUCGGACAGUCCUCGCCGCAGGCGGCCCGAGAGACGGGUCAGCAUGUGCUCCACGGUGAGCGGUGGAGUCGGGGUGGCAUUGCCCGAGUCGGGCGCAAGCGGCGCGAGAGGAGGAGGUGGAGGAGCGACGGAGAGCUACCGGGUCAGGUACGGCGCACGGACGCGCUCGCUGCCCGUGAACUUGUGGCGGCGCAACAGCGUGGGUCCAGGGGGGGAGCCGCCCCGGGUCAAGCUCAUCAAGGCGUCCCCGCCCGGCAGGCGGAGAGCUUCGGCGGACCGCGGUGGCGACGGAACUAAACGGCACCGGCGACGCAAGAGCAAGGACAAACACCUCCUGGAAAUCCCCAAGUGGCGCUACAAGGAGAUCAAGGAGGAGAAGAAGCGAGCGCAGGAGGAAGAGGAGAAUAAGAAGCAGCAGCAGCAGCAGAAAGGGGCAGCGAAGAAGACAUGAUGACACGUCGUACGCAGGACAGUUUAUGUAGACUGUAGCAGCAGCGUUGGUACGGCCGCCUGGUUCAAGCAAUAAAUGGGAUCCAUCCCUCCUGUCCAAUGUAUUCCUCCUCUUAAUAGCCCGGUGCCUGGGCACCACC